CUGCUGCAUUCACUUCUAAGGAGCACUAAAAUCAUUAAUUAGACGAUCCGUGUAAGGAAUAAUUAAUCAGAUGGUAAAGCUGCACAUCUUUUUCUUUUAAAUCAGAUUAUCUACUAUCUACUGCAUUCCUCAGCCCGUAUUUCCAUCUGUUAUUAAACCAUUGAGUAUCCUCCUUUCAAAGACUAGUAAAUGGAAUCCACACAUAGUGACCUUGCUUCAAAGAUCUUACAAUCCACUUCUUGAACUGCACGAAGUGGUCUACGUAGAAAAGAUCAUCAUCCCACCCAAGUCGAUUUUGCACCUUUAUUGGCAUGCGCGACUCUUCAGUCGCAAAAUAUAUAUUCAUGCUAGGAAGAAAGGCCCUAGUAACAGGUGCUUCCAGAGGCAUUGGGCGGGAAAUUGCGGUACGUUUAGCCCAAGAAGGUGCUUCGAUAACACUAGUAGCACGGAAUAAGACACUUCUUCAAGAAACCUUGCGAACGCUACCCACCACCCAAAACCAAUUGCAUACAAUUGAACCAAUUGACCUUCUUAAUAUCAACGAUAUAACCUCCAAACCCCAUCUUUUCGAUGAGGUAUCGGUGCUUGUUAAUUGUGCUGGUGUUACCAACCACUCUUUACUUCCCCGAAUGCUGGCACAAGAAAUUGCAAACACUGUACAAGUGAACCUUAUUGCACCCAUUAUACUAUCCAAAACCGCAUGUAAACCCAUGUUGAAACAUAAAAAUGAUGCGGUGAUAAUCAACAUCAGCUCUGUGUUAGCUCUUCUGGACUUCACAAUACCAGGGACGUCCGUUUAUAGUGCCCUGAAAGCAGGUUUGAAUGGGUUUACCGUAUCCCUCAGCAAUGAGCUCAAAGGGCGCAUUAGAGUCAAUUCUAUUGUACCUGGACUUGUCAGCGACACCGACAUGGGAGCCAGAACAAAUCUCGAUAUUGCACUGGUUUCAAUUGAUCGAGUGGUGGAAGCAACGUAUAAAGCUAUAGUAGACGAGUCCAUCAAUGGUCAGUGUAUAUUAGUGAAAUGAGCUUAAAGUGUAUAUAGUGAAAUGAAUUUAGGCUUUUUUAAUCAAGCGAUGAAUAUGUCGUAAAUCGUCGUCAUAGUAUUUGGAGAAUUGGCCAUAGUAGUCGUAAAACACUGCAGAUGCAAAUUUGCCGAGUUUAUUGUCCAAAAGCCAGUAUAUGAAGCUGCUUAUCUCAUAGUUACUAUACUUUAGAGGGAUAAACUUCUUUAACUCCUCCAUCUGGAUCAUCCGUAAUGUCUUCAAAAGCACACGAUGGUGGGCAUCGAGGCCUAUGAGCUGAAUACCAGGUUGACGGUUCGUAUAGUAAUGGAACAAAAGUAUUAAAAGUUUUGUAAGAUCGUCUGAUUUGCUGAGCAGUUUGUGCAAGUACCGAGAGAAGGAGAUCACACCUUUAAACAUGGCGUCAUUACCAGUUUGAAGUGAGUUGAAUAAUCCGGGAGUCUCGCUUCCAAAUGCGAGCCACAGCUGGAUUAACCGUAGAAACCCAUAGUAGGUUUCGUUCAAUUGGUUCGGAUUAUAGCUCGACUGUUUUAUCAAGCGAGUGAGCAUUGUGAUGAGAAUGUUAUUCACUUGCAAAUGUGUGCUAUUUCUCCUUAAAAGUGCAUACACUUCGCUAUCAUCACCCCCAUCCAUGAGUUUGUUAUUGAGGAUCAACGUAUCCAAUAUCAAUACCUCGUACUGGUUGUGCCCAAUUUGACUGGAAGUCAUCCCAAUGCUUGAGAUCAUAUUGUCCCAGUAUCCGAUCAGAUUCAACCACCAAAACAAGUCGUUGGAGUCUCCGUCGAUUCUGCUGAGCUGCUUGACCGCUUUAUCGCCAAUAUUGUCGUAGUAAUUGGCACUAUCAAAGUGCCAAAACUCGUAGAACAACUUGUUCAGCAUCGACUUCAAGCGCGAGCUGCCCAUGACAAUCAGCUCUUCGUAAAGCCAGUGGAUAAGCGUGGGAACGAGCAAAUAAAGUAACCGGGGCAGGUUGAACACAAUCACGUGCAAUAGAUAGCCCCGAAGUAUGUCUAAUCGAAGUGGUUCGAAAAUUGACAGUGGCUGCAACUGAAGCCAUGGGUCGAUAUCGCUCGACAAAGAAUGGUGGUAUUUUCUCGUAGACUCCGGGAGACUUUUGGGGUCGAAAAGAAUACUAUUAUUCAACUUGUAGUACGACGCUCGCGUCGACAACACCAUGGCCUUCCCGAUUUCGUACGAGCAUUUAGAACCAAGAGGGUCGAUAAAUGGGGCUGGAUUACUACCUGUUUCUAGCGACGUGACGAUACUUUUGAAGAUGUGGAAAAUGUCGAGAAGGUAGCUGUAAAGUUCAGGAGACACGAAUGGCUGUAGUGCCUGAAGUCUGGCAGCAGCAGUAGCAGGUUUCACCAUUCCUGCUAAUAUGUUUAUGCCAGUAUUUGAAGUUGGGGUCGAUGAAAUGUGAAGCAACAGCGGAUUUUUGACGACUGUAUCAGUCAAUGAGUGGAUUCGCGCCACUAGCGGUCGCACCACUCGCUUGCACCGGCUGACGGACCAUGGGUUUGUGUUUGUACUCAUAGGUCCAUAGGUUUGGAUCGCGAUGGUUUGGUUUUGCAC